ACCUGCUAUGAAGCUUAAAAAACAAGCUAAAAUAUUUAGAGAGAAAUCAAAAGCCUUUGAAAAAAGCAAAAUCGAAUAUUUUGGCUCUUUUUGUGUAGAGUAUGAUCUCUUUAGCAUUUCAUAUUCUGAUCAACUAAUAUUCUCGCAGAAGAUUCACGAAGUUGUUAGAAAUCUCUUACUUAAGAAGAAGGAACUAUCCCAUAUGGUCGUUACUUCUACCAAUACUUCUAACCUGCAAGAAGAGAUAAUAGCGAAGCCAGCUUUCUCAAAGUUAGAUUCAUUAGUUUCUUCCACCCCUUUCGCUAAAAAACGAAGUAUUAGUAAAAUUUUAGAUGUUUUUGCAGAUAUCCUAUUGCGGGAUGAUAGUUCUAUAAAUAUUUUGAAGAUUUUAAAGACUGCAGUAUGUGAUUUCGAUCAAGGUAUAAUAGCAUUAGGAUCCUUCUACUCAUAUAAAAGUUCCAAUCAUUUGUAUGUGAAUUCUGAACAUUAUAUCAAAGUUUCUAAGAAAAGUACAUAUAAUGCUGAAAUAUACCAGGUUCUAGUGAAUUGGUUAAGGAAGAUCUAUGGAUAUGAGAUCACUGGUCAGUGGCAUCUUAAACAAUAUUUCUUUAAGCAAACAAGGGAUCUUCUGGUGACUAUCCUUCGAGAGCCUAACCAAUUCCUACUAGAUAUGAUGCAAUCCGCAAUAUAG